AUGACAAGUGGUCUUGGAGCAAAGGGUGAUGGUGUGACAGAUGAUACUCAGGCAAUCAAUAAUUUUAUCUCUCAGAACUCUGGUUGUGCAAUCCUAAUUAUUGAAACAGGCACCUAUCUUGUUUCAGAUACAAUAUUUGUCCCUGCUGGAACACAACUUGUUGGGGUACUCUACUCAGUCAUUAUGGGCACUGGGAAGAAUUUUGCUGAUCAGGCUAAUCCUCGGCCUGUCAUUCAGGUUGGUCAUCCUGGAGAUGUUGGAAUUGCUGAAAUUAGUGACUUUGUUAUCACUACUACUGGUGGUUCAGCUGGUGCUAUUGGCAUUGAGUGGAAUUUAGAUGCAUCAUCACCAGGGUCAGCUGGACUUUGGGAUGUGCAUGUCCGAUUGGGUGGUGCCAAGGGAACAAAUAUUGAUGCAGCACACUAUUCCACCUCUGCAACCAACUUAGCAACCUGUGGUUCUGCAUUUUUGGGCAUCCAUAUCACUCCUUCUGGGUCAGGAUACUUUGAGAACAUCUAUGCAGGGCUGAUCCAGACUGAGACCCCAUAUUUCCAGCCUACACCUAUUCCCCCUGCACCAUUCACACUUAAUUCAGCUUAUGGAGAUCCAUCUGAGGCUGUUGUUGAUGCAUGGGGCCUAGUUAUAACAAGGUCCUUCAACAUAUUUGUUUAUGGUGCAGGUCUAUAUAGCUUCUUUCAGCACUAUCGUCAAGAUUGUGUUGUUACCAAAAACUGUCAGAACUCAAUGGUUUUGGUUGAUCAUGAGUCCUCUGCAGUGUAUAUUUAUCAGCUGACAACAACUGGAACUACCAACAUGAUCAGCUAUCCAGGCAAUGUUUCUAUUGCAUUGCAAGCAGAUAAUGUUGAUGGAUAUGCAAGCACAUUAAGUCUUUGGGAAGCUAAUGGAAAUGGCUCUCCUGGCAGUGGCUCUGGUGGCAAUAAUGGAAGCAAUCCUGGUGGUGGUGGUGGUUCUGGCACAUUCCCUAAUUGGAACUUUAUGCCAUGGAGCAAUUCUGGUGCUGUCUCUGAGACAUUUGCUAUUGCUGGUGGCUCCACAACAGUGAUACCAAUACCCACCACAACGACAAUAGUAACUGUGGGGACACAAUUUGUAUUCCUUGACCCAGGAGGAACACCAGCAACAGCAUUGCUUCCACCUGGUAUUACAGAGGUCAAUGGUAUAACACCCACAUGGACCUUUCAGAUAGUUCCACCAACCACAGGUCCUAUUACAUUUACUGCACCACCAGAAUUCUCUGGUGGCCCAUCUUUUACAACAGUUGUGCCAUCACCAUCUACAGGUGCUAUUGAGACUGUUACUGGUCCUCAUGGUGUUCUGUGGUCAAUGUCAGGUGCUCCAACAGGUCCUGUAAUUAUUGGCACUUUACCAACAUCAAUUGGUAUCUCUGAUGGCAUCACUCCAACACCUGUUAUGCCUGUUGGAUGGCUUGGGCCAUGGACAGAUCCUAUAUUUCCCUUUACAACAACAAUUGGACAACCAGCUCAAUCAAAUACAGAUAUCCCUUGGAAUCCAAAUCCAUUCCCACCACCUGGAGCAACAUCAGAGACAUUUGUUUGCUCUGGUACUACAACUAGUUUUCCAAUUCCAACUGCUACCACUACUAUAUCUGCUGGUGGUGCUACCAUCACAUUGAAUAGUGGUGGCACUCCUGUUGGUGGUCCAUUAGCCACCCAGUGUUCUGAAGUGGGCGGAAUUAUUCCAACUUGGUCUCAGGACAUUAUUCCACCUCCUGGAGCUACACAGAUCACAUUUACUGGCCCUCUCACUUCAACUCCCACAUAUAUAAGUAUAGUUUCUGUCCCACCCAAAACAGACUCCCCCCAUCCAACUGUAACUGGCCCUCCUGGAGACCAUAACCGCUGCAACACAUUAAACAUAUGGGCAAUCAUCUUUGGAGGAUUCAUCAACCCAUGCUUGCCACUUGAUAUUGGAAUUAUUCAUGGGCUUACACCUGUUCCAAUUCCUCCUCCUGACUGGAAAGGCCCCUGGACCAAUCCUAUUCCUAGACCCACACCACCACCCCCUGGUGGUCAAGUAGCAUGA